CCAUGUGUCGCUUAAUUCACUUUCCAGAGACCUGCAAAUGCAACCCAGAAUCAGACCAACCUUACCUUCCCCAUACCAACUACUCGGAACCCGACAUGUUUAGUCCAUUGAUACCCAAAACUCCAACAUCUCAACAACAACAACAACAACAACAACAACAUCUAGAAGCAGAUCAUCAAGAAGAAGCAGAACAAACACAAUCACAAUCUUAUGAUCAUGAAAAGCCAUCCACUACUACUACUACUACUACUACUACUACUACAACCCACCUCUCCCUUGCCAUUAAUGAAGCCAAAUCCAUAGCCAACAUAGCUCUCCCCAUGGUCCUCACGGGUCUCUUACUCUACCCUCGUUCCAUGAUCUCAAUGCUCUUCCUUGGCCGUUUAGGUGACCUGGCCUUAGCCGGCGGUUCUCUAGCCAUUGGCUUUGCAAACAUCACCGGUUACUCCAUUCUCUCUGGUCUCGCCAUGGGAAUGGAACCCAUUUGUGGGCAGGCCUUCGGUGCCAAAAGGCAUACUCUGCUCGGCCUCUCCUUGCAGAGAACUGUGCUUCUUCUUCUUGUCAUCUCAAUCCCCAUAGCCUUCCUUUGGUUGAAUGUGGAGAGAAUUCUUAUCUAUUGCGGUCAAGAAACAGAGAUAGCCAGGGAAGCCCAAUCCUACAUUCUGUAUUCUCUGCCGGAUCUCCUCGCUCAAUCACUUCUCCACCCACUUCGAAUCUACCUCAGGAGUCAAUCCAUAACACUACCCCUAACUUACUGUGCCACUUUAGCAAUCCUUCUUCACAUACCCAUUAAUUAUCUCCUUGUCUCUGUUCUCAACCUUGGAAUCAAAGGCGUAGCUUUGAGCGGUGUUUGGACCAAUUUCAACCUCGUGGGUUCUCUGAUCGUCUAUAUAUACAUGUUUGGUGUAUACAAGAAGACCUGGGGAGGUAUCUCUUGGGAAUGCUUAAAAGGUUGGAAAUCACUCCUCAAUUUGGCCAUUCCGAGCUGCAUUUCGGUCUGUCUAGAAUGGUGGUGGUACGAAAUCAUGAUUCUCUUAUGUGGGCUUCUGUCGAAUCCAAGAACAACAGUGGCAUCCAUGGGAAUACUGAUUCAAACUACUUCUCUAAUCUACAUAUUCCCUUCUUCUCUGAGCUCCAGUGUAUCCACAAGGGUGGGUAAUGAAUUGGGUGCGAACCAGCCAGGGAAAGCGAGACUCGCCGCUCUCGUGGGUCUCUUGUUUAGUUUCUUAUUGGGUUUUUCAGCAUUGAUGUUUGCUAUGGCUGUGAGAUCAGUAUGGGCGACAAUGUUCACUCUAGAUGCAGAGAUCAUUGCAUUGACAUCGCUGAUUUUGCCUAUAAUUGGAUUGUGUGAGCUUGGGAACUGUCCACAGACGACAGGGUGUGGGGUAUUGAGAGGAACUGCGCAGCCAACAGUGGGAGCAAAUAUCAAUCUGGGUUCGUUCUAUCUGGUUGGAAUGCCGGUGGCAAUUUGGUUGGCGUUCUUAUCUGGUUAUGAUAUCAAAGGGCUAUGGUUGGGACUCUUGGCGGCUCAGUUCUCCUGUAUGGUGAUCAUGAUAUUGGUUUUGGGUAGAACGGAUUGGGAUCUCCAAGCCCAGAAGGCACAAGCGCUGACCACCGGAGCUGCUUCUAUUGAUGAUGAUGAUGAUGAUCAUAAGGAAGUUAAAGUUUCCUCGGACAAUAUUUUUAGAACAACCAACGAUUCAUCAGUUUAA